GCUCCUUCGACUCGUUUCUUCGACCGCUCACUUGGGCUUUAUUUUUAUUUCCAUUCUUCCCUACUCCUUGAUACCUUGAGCACGCCCUAUAAUGUGUGUGCCUAUUCACUUUUGAUAUACCCUUCGAUCUCUUGUUUAAUUUCGAUUCAUAUAUUUAACAGCUCAUAGUCGAGCUCUUCAGCACUCCCGACAAAUCAGAUCUACGUACUUCACUCCCACACUGCUUAUCGGCCAACUUGAUCUAUUAUUGUCAUCCUUGGUAGUCCGCCUUGCUUCUCAUGGAAGAUCCUCGCUGAUUGUGGGGUAUCCAGGGGCUUGAUGGCUGUAUUUUGAAGUUUAUCGCCAUAGCAUCUCGUAUACGAGCUGCAACAAGCGCCAACACGAACAAUUGGGUGCCAUUCAUCGAUGGCACGGUGGCAGCACCACAGUCAGUCCCAGUACAUCGAUGAGGCACGAAUACGACAUAUUGCAUGUAUGAAAACUGGCCCCAAAUAUGCCCCAAGGCCGGUCUUCGUGAUGCUCGAAGCAAAGCUUUAAGUAUAAAUCAUACAUCACUUCCUCAUACCCACCCAUCAAACAACCAUUUUCCAAUAAGCCAUGAAGUUCGUUCUCUUUGCCCAGCUGGCAGCACUUGCUGCUCUAGCGAUCGCUGUCGACCUCGCAGUCCAAGCCGGCCAACAUGUCAUGUACUCUUAUCCAGGCCUUACACCCCCCGAGAGCUUGUACAAGCUCACAUCAGAAGGCAAAGUAGGCGGCCUGAUCAUCUUCAAAGAGAAUGUCAACUCCAACCUGCCAGCUAUCAUGGACAAGUUCCAGGCUCUCUACAAAGCCUCGCCAGCCUAUAAUGGCCAUCCUAUGAUUAUCACCACCGACCAAGAGGGAGGCAAUGUCCGUCGUGUCCCUGGCGGCCCAAGCCAGAGUGCUCGCCAGAUUGGUGAUUCCUCAACUCCCAUGCAAGCCGCUAGCCAGGCUGGCCGGGACGCUGCAGCAGCUCUAAAAGCACAGAAGAUCAACGGCAACUUGGCUCCUGUUCUGGACAUCUACCGUGAAGAAGGGAACUUCAUUGACGAAUUUGGCCGUUCUUUCGGUAAUAAUACUGAAAUAGUCACCUCAUGUGGUUCAGCCUUCGUUAUUUCGCAGUCUCGUUCCGGCGUGCUGUCGACAGUAAAGCACUUCCCUGGUCUUGGAGCCGCGAAGAAGGGUGAAAACACAGAUCUAGUUCCUAUCAAGAUCGAUUUGUCUCUGGAUGAGAUCCGUACUUUCGACGAGGUGCCGUAUCGAACUGCCAUCCGUAACGGAGUCGAUAUGAUCAUGACAUCUUGGGCAGUGUACCCUUCCCUUGACGCAAAGUAUCCUGCUGGGCUGAGCAGAAAGUGGGCAACGGAUGAGCUGCGAACAAGGCUCGGCUACAAGGGCGUUAUCAUCACCGAUGCCAUCGAAGCUGGUUCUCUGAAAUCCUUUGGAAAUGAUGGACAGCGAGGUGUACUGGCCGCAAAGGCGGGAGUGGAUAUCUUGCUUGCAUCUGGAAGAAAUGCUACGCAAGGAGAGGCCAUCGUCAACGAGAUCGUGGCGGCCUUGAAGAAGGGUACUUUAUCCAUGACUGAGUUCCAGGAGAGCUCGAAGAGAAUUCAAGCUCUCCAAAGCCGUCUUUCUGCAUAG